AUGGGCAGAAGUCCUUGCUGUUCUAAGGUGGAAGUGAACAGAGGAGCUUGGUCUGCUCAAGAAGACCAAAUGCUCAAAGAUUACAUCGCAACCCAUGGGGAAGGAAAAUGGAGAAAUCUUCCAAGGAAAGCAGGCUUAAAGAGAUGCGGAAAGAGUUGUAGGCAUCGGUGGAUGAAUUAUCUCAAUCCUGACAUCAAGAGAGGAAAUAUUACACCUGAUGAAGAGGACCUCAUUAUUAGGCUUCACAAGCUCCUAGGCAAUCGAUGGUCUAUAAUAGCUAAGAGGCUGCCUGGACGAACAGACAAUGAAAUAAAAAAUUAUUGGAACUCUGUCCUUAAAAAGAAGCUGAAUAAUGGUAAGAACGCAAGUACUGAGAAAACCGUUCUUAAACCAUCCCAUAAGACCAAACCCUCCACAACGUCAAAUGUGUACGAGUACAAGGCGAUUAAGACCAAGGCAUUUAGGUGCACAAAGGGCUUUGUAACUUCACAACUUGACAAGCUUGAAGCUUUUGAUAAUAAUAAUAUGGUCAUUGUAGAACAUCUUACCAAGGAUAUACACUUGGUGAAUAUUGACAACGAUGCAAAGGAAUCAAAAUCCAUUGAUGAUCAAUCCGCAUUGGCUUUUUCUGAAGAGGACGAGUCACAAAACUUCUUAUUAGGCUUUAGCAUUGAGGAGCUCAAUGAGCUUUUGAUGUGUGAUAAUUUGGAUGUGGAUUUUUGGAAUCUAUGCAUGUUGGAUGAGAGUAUGGAAGGAGGAGCUAAUAAUAAUGGUGGCGCUAAUGACAUUCUCUGGUCUUCUUUGGACCAUCCUCUUUCAUUCUGUGAAUUCUAA